ACGCAUAUGAUUCUUCCAUACUCCUGUUCAUUUGUGGUACCCACAUCUCGUGCUUGUCCUGGUAGGAAGCUGAUAAUUUGUGCGCUUCCAAUAGGGUGGCUUUACCUCGCAAGCCUUCAUUUCAAAACUGCAAGGGCCUGAAAUUAUCAUUACAUUACUUACUACUGCAUUUAAUUUUUCACCAAAGUCUAUUGAAUGUUCAACUAUGAAAAUUAUGAGGGACCCUUAUUGUUUUCGUUCAAUGAAAAGUCAACUACCGCCAUUUCAAAUUAGUUGGAUCCAAUUUUUUAACCUAUAUAAGCUUUUGAUCAAGGAUCUUCAGUCAAUAAUUACCGACUAUUUGAUUACUACUGAUUUUUUGUUCUAAAGGUCCCGAAAGGUUGGGACAAGCUGCUUGUAUCUAUUAUCUCUGUCGAUACUGGGAAAACGGUAGCAAAGUCGGGCAAAGCACUGGUGCAUAAUGGAAGUUGUCAAUGGGCGGAUAUCUUAUCAGAAUCUACAUGGGUUUCACAGCAUGAGUACUCUUCAAACGAGCUAGAAGAAUGUUUCUUAAAGCUUGUUGUUUCCAUGGGUUCAGCUAGAUCUGACAUCCUCGGAGAGGCUAUUGUCAAUGUGACGAGCUAUAUGGGUUCAACUGCUCCUGUUCCAGUUUCACUGCCACUGAAAAAGUGCAACUAUGGAACAAUAUUACAAGUAAAAAUUCAGUGCCCAAUACCAAGAAUAAAACUCAGGAAUGAAGAAUCAAAAGUGAUGAACUUCCGUAUGGAAGAUCAUGAAGCAUACUGUCACGAUGUGGACUCAAAGUCAGAUGGAUCUGGAAGCCCAUUUACAAGGAGCCUUGGAUCAUCCUCUAGUAAAUAUUUGGGUUGUACCUUGCAUCCAGGAGAACCGAGGAGUAGGAAAACAAGCUUCUCUGAAUCGGGUUCAUAUCACAGCUAUGACUCGAGGGAGGGUUCUAUAGUGAGGGAAAAGUGCUCCCCGAGAAGCAACUUAAGUAGUGAUGGGCACAGUCUGAUCGGAAGACAAGAAGCUAUGAGCCCCCAAAAUAGUGGUUAUUUGUGUAGUCAUCCUGCUGGUGGUCUUUAUCAAUCAGAUUAUUCACCAUUUGAUUCACAGCUAAAGGGUUCAGGAAAUCACUCUCAGAAUAGUCGGCAAGAAUUUGCAAUGUCAUCUUUGAAUCCUUCUGGUUCUUCUAAAAGCCUUAUGGAAGCUGCACAAGAUACAAUUAAAGAGCAUCAUGUAGAAGCAAAGAUGUGGGAGAGGAAUGCCCGCAAGCUCAUGCUUGAUUUGGAUAUACUGAGGAAGGAAUUCACAGAUCAGUCCAAAAACCAGGAGAAUUUAAGCAUGGAACUUUCAGCAGCAUAUGCAGAACGUGAUGGUUUAAAAAAAGCUGUUGAACAAUUGAAAUUGUCACUAGAGAGGCCAAUGGUGCAACAAACAGAGACCGAGCAUUCCAAAUUGCAAGAUGAAGGCAUAUCCCAUAUUCAAAAGGAAUUGAAGGAUGAAUUGAAGUUUCAGAAAGAGUCCAAUGCCGAUUUGGCUAUGCAGUUGCAGAGGAGUCAAGCAUCAAACCUUGAGCUCGUUUCUGUUCUUCAGGAGCUAGAAGAGACCAUAGAAAACCAGAAAAUUGAGAUAGAAAACCUUUCAGCACCACAAUCAAAAUUUGAUGAUUUUGAAAACUUAAUCCAAGUAAAUACAGAGGAAAACAGAAAUUUAAUGCUCCAGCUGCAACAUUUGCAGGAAUCAGAGAAGAAUUUGCAAGUUAUGGUACAACUUCUGGAACGGGUCUCAAAGGAGAAAACUCAACCCAAGAAUGAAGGGAGUUUGAACAAGCAAACUCACCUAGCAAUCGAGACAGAAUACAAAGACAAGUUAUAUGCCAAGGAUGAAGAAAUCAUCAGUUUAAGAGCAAAGUUAUCUGAGUUAAUCAAUGGAAGAUAUUUCCCAGAAAUGGGAUCAUUAAAUGAAGUUGAUGUAAAUCUGAUUGGACAAAUGGAAGUUUUGAAGGAAAAAGUGCAGGAGCUGGAAAAGGAAUGCAAUGAGCUGACAGAUGAAAACCUGGAGCUUUUAUUCAAGCUUAAGGAAGCAACAAAGAAUUCCAUGGUGGGAGACACUUCUUUUGAUCUUCCAAUCCAUGAGCUUUUAAAUAAAUCUUUUACCAGAUUCGAGUCCAAAGCGACCGGACAUAAAUACAUAACAAGCACACACUGUCCUGAAGAUAAGUUAAAGCAGAAAGACCUCAGGGAGACUGAAUAUAAUAAAGUUCUUUCAACUCAAGAAUUGGAGAGUUUGAAUAUGGAAUUGCAACUUAAAGUCAUUGAACAGGGUAAGAAAUUGACUGAAAAAGUUUCUGAGAUUGCAAAACUUGAGUCUAAGUUGCUGUCUAAAGAAGAAGAGAUUGGAGUACUUCGACAGGGUCUGAGUGAAUUAGAGGAUAAGAUCCCUAACUUUCAAAAUGAAAAAAACCAGCUCGAGGAACAAAUGGAAGUUUUGCAAAGGGAGAGUGAUAUCACAUCUAAAUGCUUAAAUGAUUUGCGAAACGAUUUGAUGGCACUUAGCAUCAGCCUGGAUUCCCAUCUUUCUGCCAAUAAGAUUCUGGAAAGAAAAUCUUCAGAGCUACAAAGUGAAAAAUAUGAACUAGAGGUUCAUAUAUCGGAGCUUAAACGAGAAAAUGUGCAGUUAUCAGUGCUCAUAUCUGGUUUGGAAGAUCAACUAAGAUACUUGAUUGAUGAGAAGGACUCCAAUCAAUUGGAGUUAGAGAAUUCCAAGUCUUACGUUCAGCUUCUCCAAGAUGAGAUAUCUGAGUUAAAACUUGAGAGAGAUUCUGAAAAGGCAGAUAUGAAAGAGAAGUUACAGGACAUGCAAAACAGCUGGUCAAAAGCUCAUGAAGAACAGGAAUAUCUUAGCAGUGCAAAUACAAAGUUAAAAGCUACAGCUGAGAGUCUCGUUGAAGAAUGCAGUACUCUUAGGAAAUCAAAUCGAGAGUUGAGGAAGCAAGAAACGGUGCUGCAUGAGCAAUGUUCUUUCUUGGAGGCUAAGUUGAAGGAAUCGGAGAGAAACUUUGCAAAUUGCUACCGAAGAGUUGGAAUCUUAGAAGAAAAUCUUUCUUCAAUGCUGGUAGACAUUUCCUCAAAAGAGAGAAGCCUUAUUUCAGAAUUAGAUGCACUUAUUGACGAUUGUAAAUUAAACAAAGAAACAUUUAUUAUUGGAGAAGGUUUGUCAAAUCAGAUGUAUUUGGAGAAAAAUCUUGAAGUUGAGACCCUUCAGCAAGAGGUAGAACACCUAACGAAGGAACUUUAUGCAACUCAUGAAGAAAAUGAGAGAAUAGCUUCUGAUGCCAUGCUUGAAGUAUCUAGUUUACGUGAGGAUAAAGCAAAUCUAGAAUCUGAUCUUCUAGAAUUUCAAUCCAAGAUGACAUGGAUCGAGAACGAACUCAACAUCACAGGAAUAGGAUCUGGCUCAAAGCUGCAAAGCCUAAUGGAUGAGCUUUCUGCUUCGAAACUAAACCAGGAAAUGCUAAGGGCCAACCAUGAAAAGGUGUUGAAGCUGUCGGAGAAUUACAAAGCAGAUGAAGAAAAAUUUAGAACAGCUGUGAAUGGUCUUGAGCUAAGGCUCACAGUUUCAGAAUGUGCACGGGAACAACUCUUGGAAGAGUCUAAAGAUUUGAAGGUUCAGUUGCAGAAUAUGGAAAAUCUUCAUGAUGAAGUUUUGGCUUUCAAGAAUGAGCUUCACGCAGCUAAGUUUGAAAAAGAGAGCCUGGAAGUAUCGCUGCAACUAAUAUCUGGGGAAUGUGAAGAUUUGAAGGCAGAGAAGAACAUACUAGUUGAAAAAAUCUGUUCAUUGCAGAAGGCCAUGUCUGAAAUAGAUGAAUAUAAGCGUAACAGAGUUGCAUCAGCAGAAAAGCUUCUGCAGAUGGAUUGUGGUCAAAUGGCAAAAGAGGCAUUAUGUGUUCAUGAUGCUGUGUUAAAAAAUGAGCUCAGCCAGAUCAGGAUAGCAAACAGGCAGUACCAGUGGAAGAUACAACUACUUGAGGAAGAAAAAGAUCAGUGCAUAACAAAAGCUCAAGCACUUGAAGAAGAAUUAAAGCUGAUGAAGGAUGGAAAGCUGGAUCAGAGACAGUCCAGCAGUAACAAGAUUCCAAGCUUUUCUAAAAUUGAUUCCAAAGUUACUCCUGUCCAUGAAGAUAUGAAUCCCAUAAAGCAUCAUGAUACUAAAAGGAGGCAAUCCUUGAAGAAUGAUGAAGUACAAGAACUUGUAAAAGAUCAAAAGAAGCUUUAUAGCAAUCAAUAUCAAAGAGUGGAUAAUAGUGGCAAUGAAAUUCUUGAUGAAAGUCCUCAUGCUGUUGGAGUCAAUCCGGCUUCAAAGCUUCAGUUGCUUGAGAAUGAACUUGCCAAGGAUAUGGAAGAAAAUAAAGUAUAUAAAGCUCAGAUUGACAGGCUGCUGUCUGAGGGCCCAAGCAGCCAAGCAAAGGUUCCUAGAAAAUCCACAGAUGAAGAUGAAAUAGUGACAAAAAAAAGUAGUGGACGCACAAAAUCAUCACUAGAGGCAGAGUUACUAGACAUUCGGGAGCGCUACCUUCACAUGAGCCUUAAAUACGCUGAGGUAGAAGCUCAGCGCGAGGAACUUGUAAUGAAGCUGAAGGCAGCCAAGAAUGUGAAAAGGUGGCCACCAUUAAACUCAUUACCUUAGCUACCAAAUUUUGUACUUCUUCUCAGGUUUGCUUUUCCACGAAUAUCUUGACGUACAACACAAUUCCCAAUCAACAAUUCAAGACUCUAAAUUAUAGUAAAUUAAGGAGAAUCAUACACCCCAGCUGAAGCUUGUAAAUGAUGGAACAAUUGAAGGAUAUUGAUUGAAAUGAAAUACCAGAUAUCGAGCCAAAGAAAUAACGGAAA